AUGAGAAGCUGUUGUGCACUGGCAACCGUAGGGGAUACGAGCGACGGACAGAUACGGGAGAACAGUGGCCGCUAGUAGGACCGUUUUAUCCCCAAUGAUUUUAUCAUAUGAGAGGUUAAAGAAGCGUUUUUAUCACCAUGAAAUUGGAUUUUCUAAGGAGGUAGCUGAUAUCGAGGCUCCUUGCAGGCUACUGACAGGGAGAAAUGCAGAGACGAGGUUAGACCUUGAAGAUCAACAUGUGCUUUGCACUGCUGACUAACAAAAAGAAGCUCUUGUAGCUGGAGGAAGAUUGCCUACCCUAACAUUUCCUCCUCCUCUACUUCUUCCUGGGGCCAAUGACCGGACCCAAUUCCCCAAGCCGGACUGGCACCUCUACAGCUAAGCUGAGCAGGCAUGGCCGGUCCAAGAGCACCAGCUCACACUGCCUCCUCCGCUGCAGCACCCAGGAGUCCUCCUCUUUGUCUCCCCCAAAGAACAGUUCGAGAUCCCCCGAGGAGGAAGAGGAGAAGGAUGGAGGGGUUCUUUUCUACGUUAAUCGAUCUGGUUUUCCUAUCGAGAGUGUGACCUGGGAGAGGAUGUGGUCCCAUGUGGCGGCCGUGCACCCUGACGGCCAGGAGAUGGUGGACAGGAUACGAAAUGCUGCAUACCUUCCCAAGCAUCCAAUUCCCUCAAUUCCAACUUUCAAGCCGUCCAUGUCCGUCCCAGACUGGCUGUUGGCCGUCCAGAACUUCAUGAAGGCUUUGCAAUAUAACCACACAGGAACUCAGUUCUUUGAAAUCAAGAAGAGCCGUCCACUGUGUGGAUUAAUGGAGACGGCGAGAGAGAUGAUCAGGGAGUCUUUACCAAUCAAAUGCCUCGAGGCCGUCAUCUUGGGAAUCUACCUGACCAAUGGGCUGACGUCUCUCGAGCGUUUUCCCAUCAGCUUUAAGACCCAGUUUUCGGGUCACUGCUUUCACCAUGUUGUGCUGGGCGUCUAUUGCAAUGGCCGGUAUGGGUCGCUCGGUAUGAGCCGCCGCCAGGACCUGAUGGACAAACCACUCACCCAUCGGACUCUCGGAGAACUGGUGGCUGAAUUUGAAAACUCCUACAAGAGAUACCAGCACACACUAAAGAAGGUGAAGAUUGGUUUGUACGUGCCUCACGACCCACAUGUCUUCCAGCCAAUUGAAUGGAAGCAUUUGGUGCUGAACCUGGCCUGUUUGGGAGCUCAGGAGAUGAAAAAAGAGCUAGAGAAACAUGGGCGGGACAUGAGGAUGAAGAUCCUAAAAUCAUCCAGUGCCCAGUCACCGAUCAAAGAGCGAAGCCGAGGGAAGUCCUUAUCGCCACGGCGUCGACAGAGCAGCCCGCAGCGACGCUUCACGCACCACAGAGACAAAUCGCUGGCCUCAGUGGAGAGGAAACCUCCAGAACUCAGCAUGCUCAAUGACGGCUACCAGAUCCGCAUCUGAUCCCCUCCUUCACCUAUGAGACUCCUUCAGCUUCUCCAUAUCCGUCCAGGCUCCUCAGCCACCCUGAUCCAAGAGUCUCUACCCAACCCAGCGAGAGAGUCGCCAAAACCCGAGCCACAUUUUUUACACAGACGAGGUGGAUGGUAUUAUUUAAAACAAGAGAGCGGCUUAAAUGGAAGACCGUGACAGUAGUUGGCCUGUUCCUGAUAUUUCUUACAGUGUUUACUCAUUUCUGUAGCAAUAAAUCCCUUAAAAUAGUCUCAUCAUCAUCAUUCAUAGGCCAUGAGGGGUGGCUUUUAUCAUUCUGUUGGUAUUUUAAACCAGUGUUAUUUUUUUGGUUGAAAUAGUCACCCUCUCUUAGAGACAAGCACUCGAGCAAAAUCAGCUCAAAUGUAUUUGUUAAGUUAUUAUAUGUAUUCACCAGGAGGUGGAAUGGGAAGUUGUCAAUAUAAAUAACUGAAAGUAUUCGUCAGUGGUUAAAAUGACAUCGUCAUGCUGGAACAAAGAGAUGUUCGGGUGUCGUUGCAUCAAACACAGCUGGUGAAAUAUUCACUUGUGGGAUGUUUUGGUGUCUAAGAAGUUCUCAGAACACCAGGGGAAUUAUGUUUUAUCACAGGUGGAAGUGAUGAUGACUUUUUUUUUGUUUGUUUGUUUGGGCAAAGCCAACAUGAAGACGACUGAAAUUACCACCUGUGGAACUGAGCUCAAGAGAUUAAAGCUUCAUUUUUUAUUUUUUAAGAAGGAAAAAACAAAUCUGAAGGGAAGCUCUGGUCUGCCCCUCGACUUUUAUAUAGCGGUUCGCUGUAAAUGAUCCAAGUCAUAACUUACUCCUCAACCAGCAGCAGUUUUAGGAAGAUGAUUAAGUAAACUCCUGUGUGCCAACUGUAUUGAUUACAGUGGAAGUGCUAUAAAGUAUGCGGGGAAAUCAAAGAUGCAGAAUCAAUAGAGAGGAUAAAAGAAGAGGAGGAUGAAGUGAAGCAGUGUGAGAAACGAGGGAGCGAUUCAGAGAGACGAUUCGCUGCAGAAGACAGAGUGAUCAUUAGAGCACUGCAGCAAUGUUCACGUCUCAUCUGCUCCUCUUCCUCAGGCGUCUGUUGAAACAUAAUUGCAUGCAUAACCAUAACUCUGUUCCCAAACAUCACAAAAGAAAAACUUAUAUGAAGACAGAAGAGCACAUUUUCUAUCAAGAUAAAUAGGCAGACUUGGCAUUUCCAUCCACAUCUGAAUUUAUUAAAGAGAAUCAUUUUCAUUAUAUUCACUUUGCAGCAAAGAGCAAAGAAAAGCUCUGCUGUUGGAUGGAAAUCACAGACAAAUUAAAAAAAAUAAAUAAAUAAAACAGUUGUGGGUUUAAUUGCUCACACAGCUCAUGUCUGAACCGUAAGAGGGGGGGGCAAAUACAGCAAAAGCUGGCCAGAAUCUUGGGAAACAUUGAUCAUAAUCUUUGGUUUGUAGUGUGGGGGAGAAAAUCAAUAUGUAAAUUUUGUUUUUCUCAUCCUUUCAUUUACCAGUGGCCGACUGGAUUUCCUCUUUCCUGCUAAAAUAGGAAAAAUAUACACUGAAAAAAGCAGAGCUCAAAUGAAAAUGGUAAGCUUGACAUACAAACAAGAACCUGCAAGCCAAACGUUAAAUACACGGUGCUCUGUUCUCACACAAUGCACCAAAAAAAAGAAAAAUCUUGAUCCAAAAGUCAGGAGUCAUUAUUUCCAAAACUAGCUUGGAGAAAACCUGUAGAGUUCAGCUGUGGCUGCUCUGUGUGUUCACACGGUAAACCAACAUAGCGCUGGCCAGCUGACUGCUGUUCCACCAACAGCUGGAACAUAAAAUGAUUCAGCUGAUCCAAGAUCAGCUGCAGCCAGUUUCUCUACUAAGGCAAACGAGGAGCGAGGUCAGAUGUUGCUGACUGAAUGAAUCUCAGCAACAAAAGCCUCAUUCAAGACGGCCAGAGAGGAUGUAACAGUCUGUGCAAGCUGUCAGCAGAUAUCAGAGAUGGGGCCAGAGAGCCCUUCAAGGUGUUUUGAUACAAAAUGAGAAAAAUAGUUCUGAAAUGUCCAGGUUUUAAUCUAAAUUAGAUUUGCUUUUUUUUCUUAAUAGCGUGAAAAAAAACAGCCAAUAUAAAGCUGUUUUACAAAUUCAUUCAGAUAUUACCUAAAGGAGGAUAUUCGAUGUUCUUUAGCUUCCCAGUUGUGUGCUGUCCAGUGUGCCCCACACUCUAACCAAAUCAUUUAUUUGUGAGAACGGUGCAACGUCUGCAAGAUGAGUGCAAAUCUUUUUGUGGUUUUUUUUUUUAAGUACAGGAGACAAUAAGGGCAAAACACACAAGUUCUCAGAGCAGCUCGAAGAAGCUUGUUUUUGCCCCCUGAAGCCAAGUGACCUAUAAGAGUCCAUUCAGUACUGUAUGCAGUUUCACACUCGUACGCUUGAUCUAUCCUAAAGGUGGUCCAAAAAUUCCAGUCAAGCUUAAAUCCGAUGGUUUUUUUGGAUUCUCCUGUUGAGGCCUUCAGUGAAUAGCUAAGCUAAGCUCAGAAGCUUGAAAUUAAUGAAGCUUGAAAUCACACAUUACAUGCAUUCAGCAUUUAUCCAUCUGAAUACAAAUGCUUGAAAUGAUGGUUGAAUAUCUCAUAUCUGCAUAUUCAGAUUUUCUUUCAAUAUGUAAACAAACAUUUAAUCAAAGCAGAUUUUAAGCAUGCACGCCUUUAUGUGAUCUGUUAUCUACAUCUGUGUUUAUCAAUGUCUGUUACAUCCGCAGAAUGUGGUUUUACAUCUUUUUGGUGACAAUUGCAGAAGUCAGUUUGAUUCAAAACAAGAUAUUUCUAAGUACAUCCACAGUCCUCCAUCACUGCCCACAGACCAGCUCUAUCCACACAGUUAUUCAUUCAGACAAAUUUACAUUAAUUUGGUGGCUUAGGAUAAAUAUUCAGAAUUGUAUUGACUUCUGUAGUUUUCACCUGAACGUUUAAGUCAGAUUGGUGUUUCCCAAAACAGCCACAGUUUGAAGCUCAUCUUUGUUCACUUACACCAGGGCGCUGAGUAAAGAUCCCCGUGGAACGCUGUUUUUAACCUUGUGCUUCGCUUUUAAAAAAGGAACGUUAGAUAGUGUUAAAGAGGCGAGGAGUGGUUCCUGUUUUGUUGGACAGUUAGUGGCUGUAGGUUGCUGAGGUAUUUAACACAAUUAAGGAAAGUCCAGGCUCUGGGCUCGCAAACACAGAUGCUUCAGAUUCUAAAAAUCAUAUCUAAAGUCAAAAAUUGAAACCCAUACCUGAUAUUUUUGUGGGCUAAUCUCCUUAUUUCAGUGUCGUCCACUUUGUAGAUUGCUCCCUGACAGUCUGACCACUCGCACGCGUUCCUCAGAGUUGGUUUUGGGGAAAAGGAAAAGUCAGAGGGAGCUAAAUCUGCCUUUUCAGUGCACUGUGUCCAUCCACAUAGUACCAGACACCAAAACUCAUUUGGUAGGGAGAAUUUACAGUGCAACAGGUGAAACCAGCUGCCCUGGAAGAGGUUCAGAUGGGAACAAGGAGAUGACCCAAAAUGGAAGAUUGUCCAGAUUUAGAUCAUGCAAUGUGUUACUACUAUUAGCAGAGUUGUAGAACUUGAUAUGCAUAUUUAGUAAUCAAACACAUUUGUUGUCCCUUAAGGAAAGACUGGUGAGGAACCCUUAAUUUGACAUUAUUCACUGGGUGCCUUUAACAGGGUGUGAACCUGGUCCUAUUUGAACUGUGUGUCUAACAGAGCAAAGGUGAUCUUUAAUGGCUGGAACGUUCUGGGAAACCUUUAUUUUUUCUUUGGUUAUUCAGAAGGAUUUCGGAAAUCUACGUGCAAAUGUGAUCAUUUGAUUGUUUUAUCGAUUUUCUUUGAAUGUUUCACUACACCCUCUGAAUCACAGAACGUGUGUGUUUUGUUGCCAGUUGCCACUGCGAACAUUUUAUCCUAGCUUUUUGCUUCAACAGUGAGCUAUGCACGCACUGUGUUACCCGAAACAUAUGAAUCCUUGUCUUCCACAGUUCAAAUGUUGGAGGGGGAAAGUGUUUGCGGCUCAAUUUACACAAGACAAGUCAUGUUUUCAACCAUCCGCACAGAAACAAAUCUUUCAGAAUGAUUCUACUUAGCUUUUUUCUUCUGUAUAUCCAGCCUGAUUCAAGGUGCUGUGAGCAAAGCAGAAUAUUUUUUAGAUAUUCCUGAUGUUUGGACCAGUGCAGCCCAGAGACUGUCACAUGUGAAACUCUGGAACAAACUAACCAGCCGAGCGUGUUCAUAUUUGUGCUGAUGGUUGCGUGUUGAUACUUUCUAAAGGCUUGAUGUUUGUUAGGAUAUAGAAGAAGCACAAAGUUAUUCUGCUUUUUGAGUCUGUUUCACUGCAAUGAAAUGAUGCAUUUUCUUACUGAAGAAGCAACAUAUCUCAGAAGAUUUUUAGGAAUGACAGACGCUGAUGCUGUUGUAUUUUUGGAACUACAAACUGAUGAUCAACAAGUUUCGAAGGGCCUAACUUCAGACUUCUCUCGAUGACUGUGAUGACUUUGUCUUUGUUGAAAGAUAAAGAUCAAAACUUUACCCAAAGACAGUGAUAAACAACCAGACUGCUGAGCAGGGACACACAAACUGCAUCAUGUUACGUUUCACUGAGGUCACAAAUGGCAGCAAAGCAACCUGAAACAGUUAAACUCCAUGUAGCAACUUAGAUUUGUUUCUGUGUCCGUUUGCAAUUGCAACUUCUGUGCUUGACAAUUUAUCUGACUGAAUCCGUUUUAUUUGGAGUUUAAUAAUUGAUUGUAAUCUAUCAUUGUGAAUGACAAGUGUUUCUUUAAAAACAAAAAAACAGCCUGUACUUGUAGCAGGUGCUGUUUUUGAAGGCCUUUGAGUCGUUUCCAAGUGCUCAUACCAUGUUUCUCCACUCCUACGCUAACUGUUCUGGUCUUGUUCCCAAACCUUUUCUGUCAUGCUCGACCUUAGAUUGAAAAAAAAAAAAAAAAAAGUUGGUUUAAUUUCUGUCAAAUAUUCAGCCAGUGACCUCAUUCAUGCAUGCUUAAGGACUGGUUGGUGACUCUCUGGCAACUUCCUGUCGCUAGGGAAAAAUGCGCCUUCACUGACCAGCUGGCGAGUGGUUGCUGGUGGUUGCCAGGGGAAAUUGGUCACUAGCAGAUUCCCACGGUUGCCCAUAGUUUGCAUGGAGGGCACAAACUUGUCUGCAAUUGCUCACCAAAAGCAUAGUGGACCUAAUUAAUGACGAGGAGGUUUUCAGCGCACAACCAUCUACCACCUAACACCUGCAAAUUGGUCGAGGAGUACACUUUUUUCCAACAAAGAAGCUGUUGCUGAGGGUCACUGACCGGUCCCUAGGCCCGUGUGAUGGGGCGGCUAACAGGGUUAAACUGUUCAUUAAAUCUCCUACUUUUGUCCUCUGCAGCAGCUUUACACAGAUCCAAUGUACUAUAUCCUGUUCUUAAGUUCAGCUUUUCAUAAAUCAGCUUUACCUUAAAAGUAUUAUCACAUUACAAAAAACCCCAAAUCCUCAUGUGCAGUAUGUUGCAGCCACAUUAUUGCAACAGAUGUCACAGACUUUAUAUCAUAGCCGUCUUGAUGGCCUAGAACAAGGAUGCCGAUCACAGACGUACCCUGCUGUUGCAUCCAAUAAUUUAAAAAAAAUGGAAAUCUGUUUGUGCCACAGCUGCUGACAAACUUAAACACAUAUAAAUACAAACAGUCUGGUGGACUGUGACGUGUAUCCACGCCAAGCUUCCAGUGCCUCAGCCGUGUCAGAUGGAAAUGUUUUUGCUUUAAUUACAACCUUGUAUCUCUGCUUUGUGUUCGGAGGAGUUGCCCUCGUGUGUUCCACGAAUAACAUGUCAUUCACGCUGACCGCGAGUUUUCCUUUCGUGUUUGGCUCACUGGUUUUAUUCAGAUGUUCUGUGAAAAUAAGAAAACAAAAAAAGAUGUUUUGUUUCCUGUUUUCUUGCCCGUUUUUCUUUUUUUUUUUUGAGCCUGUAAAGCGGACACGUUUACUUCGUGCUGCAAAGAACAAAGGGACAGGCAGCCUAGUUUGUGGCCCAUGAAAAGCAAAAAUAAGUGUGUGUCUGUGUGUGAAAGCUGCAUAUUUAUCCAGUGAUGAAUUUGAUUUAACAGCUCAGUGGACUGACUGGAGCCAAUGGAUCGGAUUGAUGAACACUGAGUUUGAGGAAAGUGCUCUAAAGAACACACACACACACACACACUUCAUCCAGAUUUCCUGUGUGAAAACACAGUGUGAGUUUUUUUGUGUGUUUUAUGGCAAUCAAUGGUGGGAGAAACUGUGAGCCCAGUGAUCAUUAUUAUUGUAAAUCUCCUACUGUUACAGUGUCAUUGGUCUUGAUUGCAGCUGUUUUUAUCAACAACUGUAGCAGCAUGUGUUCUUUUAAUAAAUAUUCUAUGUUUUUAA